AUGGAUGGCUUUCCGGGCAGCGUUUACACAUAUCAGGAACGGGCAUGGAUGGAAGUUACACUCGGCGAGCUCUGGCUCCAGGGCCAUUUCCUUAAAUACUGUAGCCCUAAACGUCCACAACUUACUAUAUUAAAUUCCCAGUCGUCCCACGAAACACUUGGAUUUAUUGAUAUUUGCUUACAAAAUGACAUCGCCUUGCUGGCAUUUCCACCACAUACUACCCAAUGGUUUUGUCCACUUGAUAAAACAGUUUUUGGACCAUUGUCCAGGGCGUAUUUCACUGUCUGCUCCGAGUUCAUGGCGAGCAGUCCAAAUAAUAUGGUGACCAAAUGGGAAUGGCCUCGUCUGUUUAGAACGGCCCAUGACAAAGCCUUUACUCCCUCUAACAUUCGCAGUGGCUUUCAAAAGUGCGGAAUAUUCCCACUUGAUCGGGAGGCUCUGCCAGAGUCUUUCGAUAUAUCAUAA